GGGAGACUUGAGGAAGCUGGACCAACCAGCAGACUCCUGUAAUACCUCAGGCUUGAGGUGAUUGGGGCCUAGACCAAGACAGGGAGAGAGUAGACCCGCAAUAAGAGACGUUACUGCAAAGCUCAGCAUUCCUGUGGAAGAAACUCCCAAGGAAAGCUUCAUGAGUGAUGGUCCCUGUGACUUCACUGGGAGACAAAUCUCUGCUGUACCUCACAGAAUCCACACAAGAGAGAAACCUUGUGAAAGGGAUCAUGGUGGUAAAAACAUGAGUCAACAUUCAUCCCUUGUUUACUAUCAAAACAUUCAAAAUGGAGAGGAACAACAUCAGUGUCAUCAAUGUGGUAACGCUUGUAGUGAACAAUCACCCUUCCUUAUCUAUCAGAGAAUUCACACUGAGAAGGAUCUUCAUGAAUGUAACCAGUGUGGAAAGACUUUAACGCAGGCAUGUUUACUUGCUGUACGUCAGAGAAUCCACAUUGUAGAGAAACUUUAUGAAUGUAAUCAAUGUGGAAAGGCUUUCAGAUGGAACUCCAACCUUUCUCACCAUAACACAGUUCACACAGGAGAGAAAUAUUAUGAAUGUAACCAGUGUGGAAAGGUUUUCACUCAUAUAUCCACUCUUGUUGAACAUCAGAGAAUCCACACUGGAGGAAAACCUUAUGAAUGUAAACAGUGUGGAAAGACUUUCACAGAGAGCUCCUAUCUUGCUAGAAUCCACACUGGAGAGAAACCUUAUGAAUGUAAUGAACAUGGAAAAACUUUCACACAGCACACCAAUCUUACUGAACAUCAGAGCGUCAACAAUGGAGAGAAAAUUUAUUAA